AUGGCAACGUGUACUACACCCAACGGAAUCGUUUCUGAAGCCCUUACCCCAGACAACUACGACGAUUGGAGUAUUCUGGCCAAGAAUUAUCUAAUGAGCGAGGAUCUGUGGGUUGGUGUUAUAGAAGAUAAUACACAAAUUCCUCAAAAUUCAUCUGAACUGCAAAGACAGAUACAGACUCCUGAAAAUGCGUCUGAAAGGAGAAAGAAGAAUGCAAAGGCUUUGCAUAUUAUUCAGAUGUCUUGCGGAUCCGAAACGUUUUCUCAGAUAAAAGACACUAAGACAGCCAAAGGUGCCUGGAAUACCUUGGCUUCAUUGUACAAAUCUAGACUUGGAGCUAAUGCAGAUAUUGAGCAAGGACUGCCGUCUCUACACAGAAGUGUACAAAGAGGUGAUAUGGACACUGCAAGAACUUUUGCGAAUAACAAUCGCAAGGCAAUGUAUGAAACUUCAAAAAUGGGAAAGACCGUUCUUCAUGUUGCAGUUCUGACAGGACAAGAGGAUAUGGUGGAAAAGUUAGUAAAUAAAGUGCCAAAGCGGCUUUUGGUGGAACGUGAUACAAGAGGAUAUACAGCUCUGGCUCUUGCUGCAGAAUUGAGUGACACAAUAUCCAUUGCCAAAUGCAUGGUUAAGAGAAAUGGAGACUUGUUAACAAUCAAGACUAACGAGGGACUCUUACCUGUUGUUAUUGCUGCUGUUAAAGGCAACCAAAAUAUGGCUAACUAUCUCUAUCACGAAACUCUAACUCUUCAUAAGGAGGAGUUGUUCAAGGACAAUGACCACACCAGCGCUUUACUACUUACCAGAUGUAUCACUAGCCAGAUAUUUGAUGUUGCAUUGGAUCUGCUCAAACGUAAUCCCAGAGUACCCCUAACCAAGAAAUUUGAUGGUGUUAGUCCUCUAUAUGCAUUGGCCCAGCAGCCUUCUGUGUUCCCCAGUGUAGUUCCAUCUAAAUUCUGGCUCUGGCGGUGGAUUUACAAAGGUCGCCUUUUUGGACAUCGUUCGAUUACCAAACUUCUUCUUGCUCUUCCUGGGAUAAAGAAAAUAUAUAAGAAAAAAAUGACUCAUCAUCGUACAGUUGAGAUUCUUAAUCGCAUGGCUAAAGCAAUUAUGGGCUUUGAUGAAGCAAAGCUGAAAGAGGCCUCAGUUUACGAAUCUCUGUUGGAAGCCUCCAAAACUGGAAUUGUAGAGUUCAUAACUAUAUUGACUGUAGCUAAUCCUGAUCUCUACUGGGUUAUUGAUGAGAAUAAAAGAGGCAUAUUUUCAUAUGCAGUUCUAUAUCGUCGAGAAAAAAUUUUCAACCUCAUAAAUGGCUUGAAAGGACAGGGAAAAGUGAUUAUUUCCAGGACAGAUAUAUUUGGUAACAAUAUGUUGCAUUUGACAGGGAUAUUAGCGCCUGCGGCCGAGCUUGAUCGUAAAUCUGGUCCAGCCUUACAAAUGCAAAGAGAACUUCAAUGGUUUAUGGCGGUGAAAAGAAUUUUGCAUCCAAAAUUUCAACUAGCUGUGAAUGGAGAUGGCAUGAAGCCUAGAGAACUAUUUACCAAAAAACAUGAGGAGCUGUUGAAGGAUGCCGAGACAUGGGCAAAAGAGACAGCAAAUUCCUUCACAAUAGUGGGAGCUCUUAUCAUAACCAUUGUGUUUGCAGCAGCGUUCACACUUCCAGGCGGAAACGACCAAAAUACUGGCAUUCCACUCUUCCUGCAUAAAAAAAUGUUCACAGUUUAUAUGGUGGCUGAUGCAAUCUCUCUUUUUGCUUCCUCCACUUCUGUGAUGACUUUUAUUGGAAUCCUCACAUCACGUAAUGCUGAAAGGGAUUUUCUUAAAUCCCUUCCUCUCAAGUUAAUGUUGGGUCUUUUUACACUCAUAUGUUCAGUGCUGGCCAUGAUCGUAGCAUUUUGUUCUGCCUUUUCUUUGGUGCUUAGGGAUCAUGGACAUUUUAAGAUAGUGAAAUUUCUCAUCUCCAUUGCAAGCUUGUCUGUGGUUGUAUUCUUACCCGGCCAACUCCGUCUCCUACUUGAGAUUUUUAAUUCCACAUUUAGAUCAGACAUACUAAAUACCAAGAAAAUCUGA